AUGAACUCUUUGGAAUCUAAAUUUCCAAAGUACAUGGUGUACUGUGUCUUUAUCGCUUGUUUAGAAGCUUUUUGUAAUGGUUGGGUCAUUGGUUCUGCAAAUGUUCCGGGUACCGUCACUCAUAUCUGUGAAAACGGUAUGAAUCAAGUAGCUAGCAAAGGUCUUCCCGAUUGUUUACCUAUGAAUACCGCUUUAUGGGGUUUUGCUGUUUCAUCUUUCUGUGUUGGUGGUCUUCUUGCAUCCCUCUUUGGAGGUGGUAUCCAAGAGAGAUAUGGUCGUAAAUUUACCAUUAUAAUCAACAAUGCAGGCUUUAUUGUAGGUUCUCUUCUUUGUGCUGUCUCUGUACACCAGGCCAUGUUCAUCAUCGGCCGUAUUCUUUGUGGUCUUUCUUGUGGCCUUGGGUCAUUAGUUGUACCCACUUACAUAGGUGAAGUCUCUACCAUUAAGGGCCGCGGCACAAUGGGUUCCUGUAACCAGUUCUUAGUUGUGAUUGGUAUUCUAUUAGCCUCUGUUAUCGGUCUCCCUCUUGCCACCGUACCACUUUGGCGUAUUAAUUACGCUAUCCCUGCUUUCCCUGCCAUGUUUCAAGUCUUGAUGAUGCCCACCUGCGUUGAAUCUCCUCGUUGGCUAGUCUCUAAAAACCGAAUUCAAGAUGCACGGGAGGCUCUUCAACGUCUUCGUGGCGAUUCUAAAAUUGAACAAGAAUUUUUCGAAAUCGUAGAAGGACAAUUGGGUAGUGCUGCUGCCAACUUAUUACUUAAAGGCAUUGAAAACCAGGAUGAAGGCAUCAAGAUUAUUGAUUCUAAAGAUCACCCUGAUAUUACUACUGAAGAGAAGGGAGAAACAGGUGUUCGCUCUGCCAUGUCCAUGAUUGAGGUCAUGCGAGAUCCAGUAACUCGUAGAAUUGGUUUAACUGUGUUUGUUCAUCAUAUUAUUCAACAACUUUCUGGUAUGAAUGCUGUCAUGUAUUAUUCUACUUCAAUCUUCAAAAUUGCUUUUGAUGAGAACUUUGCUCAAAUUAUGGCAAUUAUUACCACUGUUGUUAACUUUAUUGCAACAAUUGCUGCUAUCUCUGUUAUUGAUCGUUUCGGUCGUCGUCCGUUGUUAUUGAUUGCCGAGGCUGGUACCUGUAUAUUUUCUGUUCUAUUAGUGAUUGGUUACAAGACAAACACACCAGGUCUUCUUGUUGCAUCUGUCUUUUUGUAUGUUGCUUCUUUUGCUGUAGGUAUUGGUCCAAUUCCUUGGUUGAUUACGUCUGAAAUGACACCUACUGCUGCAGCCUCUUCUGUCGGUGCUGCUUCCACCUGUAUUAACUGGUGUAUGAAUUUCUUAAUCGGUCAAAUCUUUCCCGUCAUCUUUGCCGCCAUUCAAGGUUGGUCUUUCCUUAUCUUUGCCUUUAUCUGUUUCUUUGCUUUUAUUUUCACUUUCUUCUUCCUUCCCGAAACAAAGGGCCGCUCUCUUGAAUCCAUUGUUAAGGAAUAUGAAAAGUAUAGAUAA